AUGACGAGGAGGACGACGACGGCCGGCCAGGUUGUUGCAGCCGUGCUGGUGGUGGCCUUGGCGAUGGGGGUGACGCCGGCUUGGUGCGGAACCCCGGGGAAGAAGGUGACAGCGGUGAUCGUAUUCGGCGACUCCAUUAUGGACCCCGGCAACAACAACGACCUCCACACGGUGGUCAAGGCGAACCACGCGCCCUACGGCAAGGACUUCGCUGGCCACGUCGCCACCGGGCGCUUCUCCAACGGGCUCAUACCCACCGACUUCAUCGCACAAGGCCUUAACGUGAAGCAGCUACUGCCUCCAUACCUCGGCGUGCAGCACACGCCGGAGGACCUCCUCACCGGCGUCAGCUUCGCGUCUGGCGCUACCGGAUUCGAUCCUCUCACCCCUGUCAUCGUGGGCGUGAUCUCGCUGGAGCAGCAGCUGGCGUACUACGACGAGUACCGGAGCAAGCUGGUGGGCAUCGCCGGCGAGGAGGAGACGAAGCGGAUCAUCGACGGCGCGCUAUUCGUCGUGUGCGCCGGCACGGACGACAUCGCCAACACCUACUACACCACCCCCUUCCGGAGCGCCGAGUACGAUGUCCCCUCCUACGUGGACCUCCUCCUCGUCGGCGUCGAGUCCUUCCUCCGAAACGUGAGCGCGCGUGGCGCCAAGCGGAUCGGCUUCGUGGGGCUGCCCCCCAUCGGCUGCGUGCCAUCGCAGCGGACCCUCGGCGGCGGUCCUCACCGGAGCUGCGUGCCAGAGCGCAAUGCCGCCGCACAGCUCUACAACACCAAGGUCCAGGAGCUGAUCCGCGAGCUCGGAAAGGACAUGGCCGCGUUCCCCACCCUCAUCUACAUCGACAUCUACACCGUGAUCCAGGACCUGGUGGACCACGGGGAGCGAUAUGGGUUCACCGAGACGACGCGUGGGUGCUGCAGCACCGGGACGGUGGAGGUGGCGGUGCUGUGUGACGCGAGGUUCACGCCCGUCUGCGACGAUGUGUCUCAGCACGUCUUCUUUGACAGCUACCACCCCACACAGCGGGCGUACAAGGUCAUAGUCGACUACAUCUUCGACCACUACAUGCAGUUCCUGCAUCUUUGA